GCUUGGCAGUCGAUGCUCUUAUCUCGUUUCACUGUUUCAUAUACGACAAAAACAAAAUAAUUUUGUUAAUAAUUUUUGAUAAUUUCAUUAAUUUUUCACGUACAAUGAAUGUUCGAGUCGAAAGAAUAAAAAUACAAGUUUCAUCAAUACUCAACUAUCCAAGCAUCGGAGAUCUCAAUAUGGGCUGGUUGUAACUGCCAACUGGACACUGGUAGCAACUGGUAGUGUGGUACUCGUGAUAUGAGAGUGUUAUAACAUAUUUGUACAAAUAUUUCAUAUCAAAUAAUUUAAUUUGACAAAAUAAAAAACAUGGAAACUACAAGUACUUCAACAAAUACUUUACAGUCGGAACUAUUUCAAGAAUUGAACGAGGAACAUGAAUCUGGUGAUACUCAUGAUAUCAGAAGUGUUAGGAGCACGUUCAAAUUUAAAUGUCAACCAAAAAAGCCUCGUCCAGAACAAUUAUCCGUAGAUGAAGAUGGUGAUCUAGUAGUUCGGAGAAGUCCGCUCGCCAAAGGCAUUAUAAUAGAACAUAUAAAUCGAACUUCAUUAAAUAUGGUCGGUAUGCAAGUGUGGCGGAGCGCGUUAUUAAUGGGUGACUUUAUCUUGGAAAAUAGAGAUAUUUUUACCAACGAUCAAAUUGUAUUGGAACUCGGCUCUGGAGUAGGAUUGACUGGUAUCGUAGCUGCCAUGUAUUGCAAAGAAGUCAUUUUUACAGAUAUGAACAACAAAGAAAUAUUGUCAAUGAUUGAAAAAAACAUAAACUUGAAUAAAGACUUAAUCGUCAGUCGAACGACAGUUAUGCCGUUGAAUUUCAACGAACCUGAAUUAUUGUCUGAUGCACUAUGUGAGAAGUUAAGAAAUACACAGAUUAUAAUAGCUGCCGAUGUGAUUUACGAUAAUUACAUAACUGAACAAUUUGUUAAUACCCUAAAAAAAUUAAUGUCAAUACCUCCAAGGAAAACAGCAUAUAUAGGAAUGGAAAAAAGGUAUGUAUUUAGUUCAGUCGAUUUGGAAGUUUGCGCUCCAUGUUACGAAUACUUCAGUGAUUUGCUAUCACAAAAUAACAAUUGGUGUCAAGUGCAACUAUUAGAUUGCAAUUUUUCACAAUACUUCCAAUAUAACAAGGCCAAAGAACUAGUAAUAUUCAAAUUAACCGCCAAUCAUUCCAUGUAAAAAUAAAAUGGACGUUAACAUUGAGUAUUGCCUGUUUGGGUAAGGCUUACUUAUUAAUGUAAUUGAAAUAUUAUUUAAAUGAAUAAACAUUAAUCAAAUGUUUUACAAUAA